GUAACAUCGACCGCAAUGGAAAAGGAAAAAAAAAAAAAGAAUUUCGUGAAAUUCCACUUUGAUUGAUGGAGUUGUAUUAAAAAUAACUUUUAGGGGCGAAGAUCACCGCUUUCGCUGAUCUUGGAAGAUUUCCUUCACUCUCGCUACCUUUCUUAGUAUUCCUUUUUUGUUUCUUUCGACCGCGAAAAUGGAUCCAUCUACAGUUCUGUUUAACCAGCUCAAGGGUGCAAACCCAUUCUUUCUGCUAGCGGGUCCCAAUGUGAUUGAAUCUGAGGAGCACAUUCUACGAAUGGCUAAGCAUAUUAAGAAUAUCACAUCGAAAGUUGGAGUACCAUUGGUUUUCAAGUCAAGCUUUGAUAAAGCCAAUCGGACAUCAUCAAAAUCAUUUCGUGGCCCAGGCAUGGCUGAAGGAUUGAAGAUACUUGAGAAGGUCAAAAUAGCCUAUGACAUUCCUAUUGUGACAGAUGUGCAUGAGACUAUCCAGUGUGAACCAGUUGGCAGGGUUGCAGAUGUUAUUCAGAUUCCAGCAUUCCUAUGUCGUCAAACAGAUCUUUUAGUGGCAGCAGCCAAAACUGGAAAAAUUGUCAACAUCAAGAAAGGCCAGUUCUGUGCUCCUUCUGUCAUGACAAAUUCAGCUGAAAAAAUUAGAUUGGCUGGAAAUCCAAAUGUAAUGGUUUGUGAGAGAGGAACUAUGUUUGGUUACAAUGAUUUGAUUGUCGACCCAAGAAACCUGGAGUGGAUGCGAGAAGCUAAUUGUCCUGUGGUAGCUGAUAUCACACAUUCAUUACAACAGCCUGCUGGAAAAAAGUUGGAAGGUGGAGGCGUUGCAAGUGGAGGCCUUCGAGAAUUGAUACCAUGCAUUGCAAGGACAGCGGUUGCUGUUGGAGUGGACGGGAUUUUCAUGGAGGUACAUGAUGAUCCUCUGAAUGCACCUGUUGAUGGUCCAACACAAUGGCCUUUGCGCCAUUUGGAGGAGCUGCUGGAAGAACUUGUGGCUAUCUCAAGGGUAAGCAAAGGGAAACAAAAAUUCAACAUUGAUCUCACGCCAUACCGUGAAUAAAAAGGCAGGCAAUGUUUCAUUUUCUACCUGUAUUGAAUGCUGGUAACAAUGGCGUUUCCAGUCAUGCUGAGUAUGGUUUCUUGAGUACUGUUACUAUUACUGUUCUUUUCAAGGUUCAAGGUUCAAUGCGAAACCUUGAAUCGUGUUCAUUUUUCAACCUGCAAAAACUGAUGUGAAAUGUUAUGUUUUGAAAAUAUUAUCUGAUGGUUCAUUAUUA